UAAGGAAGCAGAACAAUGAGAUGGUUUAUCCGUUUAGUUCCCGUAAUUUAUCUUAUAGAUAAUGGAAUUUGUCAGUUUUACUAUUGAUAGGUAGUAGAGGUUUAAGAUAACCUGCGAUAAGUCAGUCGUGAUCUGACCGUGAAAUCUUACGACCGCGAUACUUACAAAUUCUAUUUAAAGUGAAAUCUGUGAAUGAUGCCUCCAAAAAAAAUAUCACAAUGUCAUCAAGCACUGGUUGAGUUGAUUUAUAAAUUGGCCGGAGUCUGUAAUAUGCAACUAAGUGAUUACGUCGUUGAAAUAGGGUAUGAUGACGUUGACAGCUUUUUGACCGGUUUAUUCAAAGUGCAACUGAAAGGGACUGUUAAUGGGCAGAAGAUUAAAAAGAAAUUGCUGAUAAAGUGGCACCAGGAGUCGAAAAUGCGUGUAUGCUUCAGAGAUGCUUACAAAAGAGAAUGCACUUUUUACAAACUCAUCCUACCAAGUUUAUUGGAUAUCCAAAACAAAAUUGUCAACAUGGAAGGGUUGAAAAUGAGGUUCCCAAACUGCAUUUAUGCUAGUGACGAAUAUGAUAAAGAAACUAUCGUGGUACAAGAUUUGAAACAAGAUGGAUUCGGACUUCGGGAUAGACUUUUUAAGACGAAUUUGGAGUACGUUUCUCUGGUUAUGAAAACUUUAGCAAAAUUGCAUGCUCUGUCGUAUGUGCUGCAGAAAACGGAUCCUAAGAAAUUUGAGGAGAUAGCUUGUUUGUGUGAGGAAGACGUGCAGUACUGUAAGCCAGGACCUGCUCCGAAGAGUAUGAAGUCAUAUUACGAAGCGUCAGUCCAUGUGGUACAAGACGCAGAUGCCAGAGAUAAGUUGACCAGACUGACUCCAGAUAUUCUGACAGUGUUGUACAAGUGCACCCGGUCAGAUAAGUACAGCACCAUUUGUCACGGUGACUGCUGGAACAAUAAUAUACUCUACCAACACAGGGGUUGUAAGCCAGUGGAUGUAGUGCUCGUAGACUACCAGCUGAUGCGGUUCACGUCUCCAGUCACCGAUAUUGCAUACUUCUUAUACAUGUCCACUGACGGAGAUUUCUUAGACAAACAUUACGACCAAGUACUCGACAUAUACUAUGGAACAUUAACAGCAGUACUUCGACAUUGUAAUUUGGACGUUGACACAGUAUACCCUAGAAACAUAUUCGAAAAACAACUCAAAGAAUAUUCGGUACUCGGUCUGAUAGAGGCUUUAGUCUCAAUGAUGAUAAUAACGGCGCCGUACGAAGACGCCCUCAAAAUGACUGAGAUGAAAUAUGAACAUUCUGAAGAGGCUCAUGAAGAUGAGUCCAGGGAUAACUUAUUGUUCGUAGAAAGAGUAAAUGGAAUUGUAAACGAUUUUUUCAAACGAAAUUAUUCUUUGGACUCUCUGUUAACUGAGUAAAUGAUUACAGUAGAAAA